ACAAAGACUCCAUAGAUCAUUUGGCUAUCAUGACCAGCUAUAAAAGGUUUUGGCAGCCAGGCACAGGCGGCAGUACAAUCAGGGACAGUAUUGGACAUCCACAUGGGCAGAAUCAUCUUCUACGAGGACAGGAACUUCCAGGGUCGCUCCUAUGAGACCAGCAGCGACUGCGCCGAGUUGACCUCCUUCCUGAGCCGCUGCAACUCAUGCCGGGUGGAGAGCGGUUGCUUCAUGGUCUACGAGCGCCCCAAUUUUAUGGGUCACCAGAUGCUGGUCCGCAGAGGAGAGUACCCUGACAACCAGCGCCUGAUGGGAAUCAGCAUGAGCGACUGCAUCCGUUCCUGCCGCAUCAUCCCCAUGCACCGAGGUCCAUUCAGGAUGAAGAUCUUCGAGAGAGAGAACUUUGGAGGUCAGAUGAACGAGCUGCUGGAAGACUGCGACAACAUCUUGGACAGUCUGCGCAUGUCCGACUGCCUGUCCGCACAGGUGCUGGAGGGCCACUGGCUGCUGUAUGAGCAGCCCCACUACAGGGGCAGAAUGCUCUACCUGAGGCCCGGAGAGUACAGGAGCAUUAGAGACAUGGGGCUGGGUCCGGUUGACAUGAGGAUCGGGUCUAUUAGACGCAUCAUGGAAACUUGUUAAGAGGCUCCUUCUUUGAAAAUGUAACGACUCACAUCAAUAAAUGGUUCAUAACUUAUAUCACGACUAUAUGCUUAUUGUGGAUUAUCCCCAUCAAACUGGUCCUGUAUUUUAAAGACAAUUGGUCUGUGGUAGUUGCUGGUCUUUCAAUGAAAGUGUUGUAUAAUCUAUUAGGAAGAUAUCUGAAACAAUAAAAUAUUAGUUGUGACAACAGA